GCAUCUUUGUGGUCAUUGCCAGGUCGUCCAACACUUUCAAUUGGAGGACAUAUGCUUGUGGCAGCGGUGGAACAACCAUCAUUGGAGAUUGGGGGUGCCAGCCCGAUGAGUGUAAUCAUGGUGGUCGUCGAGAUACCAAUAUACCAUCACGCGGGAGCGGGUGCACUCAUCCAGUGCUAGAUCAUGUGUGUUCCUGCCGUUGCAUGACGAGGAGGGUUUCUAGAUAUGGCCCUCGGCAACCUCCAUGCCCCCUUCACCAGCUCACUAUUCCUCAAUGUAUUCUUCCCCUCCCAUGCCUGGCUGUGGUUUGUCUCCAACUAUUCUUCGCCAGCCUCUUCUUCGGUGUAAAAUCAUAUGCCCAACGUGUGGAGCUCGAAUGUUCCAAGCCCAAACAAACAAAAGGGAAUGAGAGAAAUGAUCAGACCGAUAGAGGAAAGAAAGGUGUCCCAGAAGGCUUGGCAGUGUUGUUUUGUUUGGAAGCUAUGUUGCAGAAGCUGCAACUUCCAAGCCCCAAGUACGAAUGUUGUCCUGUCUAUCUCUCAAUGUCUGGCAGAAAGUUCAAGAGCUAUGAAAUGACCAAGAUUCUGCAUGCGAAAAAGCUAUCACAUACGUUCAGCAGCGUGUCAACUUUUGGUGGUGCAAGUACCUAUUAGGGCUACGUUUCCAUUGCGCCCUGCCCUCUGAGGGCCAUGCUGCAACAUAGCAACUUAUGUAGAUGUUGCUUUUCCUUUUCUUUUCAUACUUUUGUCACUCUUUAACUGUUAUUUACUACAAUAUAUUGCCCUUUAGCCUGUUUGUAUGUAAGUGUUUGUUGCUCCGUU